AAAACAGUUCAAUUUCAAAUUCAAACGGUCAGAGAUUGUUCAGGCUGUCGGACGGAGUUCAUUAGCAGUAAGGGUCAAACCCUGCAAAGUAAACUCUCAGCAGAUGUCCCGUUUACCGGUGAUGUCCAACAAAAGGGUCCUCACGACCAGCUCAGAGAAUACUCAAGACUUUGUGCCUGCUCAGAAGAGGAUUCGUAAGGAUGCAGAGCCUAUCAAACCACAGGCAGCAGCUACGGUCAUUGGUGGCAAACGGCCUCCUGUUGCAGCAGCUAGGCCACAUAUUUCAAAGCCAGUCAGACCUGCAGGGGCUGCCACUGUGGCUAUUGCGCCUUCCAGAGGUGCCUUGAGGCCAUCUGUUGCAUCAGCAGCAGUAAAGGGAAUUAAUGUGAAACAAACAACCACAGGCACCAAAGCAGGUGGAGGGGGGACCCGACGGGCUCCAUGGGACCUGAAGGGAAAAGUCAGCGACAUGGAGGAGAAGAUCAGUAACUACCAGACAAAGGUCAAAUCGGUUCACCAGGAGAAUGAACUGCUCAAAGGCUCAGUGGCCCAGAGCCGGAUGAAGACGGCUGAAAUGGAGAAGGAGCUGGAGAGGCAGAGGAGCCAGAUCAGUGAGUACGAAGUAGAGCUGCAGGCCCUGUUAGGGGUCCGGGAAGAAUUGGAAAAAGUCUCCAGUGAUAAGGGUACUCUUGAGAAAGAACUCAGCAACUUGGAAGGAAAAUACAAAGUCAUGGAGACUCUUCGAGACACCCAAGAGACAGAGCUGCAAACUCUCAAGAUGAAGCUCUCGGUUCAGGAAUCCGCUUUGGCCCGUUUGCAGAUGACCCUAAGAGAUACAGAGGAAGAGGUCCGCACUCUGAAAGACACUGUGUCUCAGCAAAAGGAUGAGCUUCAUGUCGGUGAAAUGGAGCGGCGUCGCCUACAUAACACCAUCCAGGAGCUCAAGGGUAACAUCAGGGUGUUUUGCCGAGUUCGCCCACUGGUGGGAGGAGGGCUGAGCAAGCAUAUUCAGCUCUCUGCUGCUGAUGAAAAGAGUUUAACACUGGCCAAAACUGAGGAGUCACACACAGGCAAAGGUGGAGACACUCAGAAGAACUACAACUUCAGUUUUGACCGGGUGUUUGGACCUGGGGCUGCACAGAAGGAGGUAUUUGAGGAGAUUUCUCUUCUGGUGCAGUCUGCACUGGAUGGAUAUAACGUGUGCUGUUUUGCCUAUGGGCAAACAGGAAGUGGGAAGACGUACACGAUGGAAGGGGAUGAGUUUGAUGAGACCAGAGGUGUCAUUCCCAGAGCUGUGCAGCAAGUCUUCAGAGCAGCACAGAAGCUGGGAGAUCAAGGCUGGGAGUUCACCUUCACGGCCAGUUUUGUGGAAAUCUACAAUGAGACCCUGCGAGAUCUGCUUUACACUGGCAAGGCUGACAAGAGACCGGAGCACGAAAUCCGGAAGUCCAACAACAAUGAGCUGACCGUCACCAACCUCACAUAUCAGAAGGUCUACUGCGAGGAUCAGGUUCUUGGCCUUAUUGCCUUGGCCAAUCAGAAUCGCUCCACAGCCCAGACGGCUCAGAACGACCGCUCCUCUCGCUCCCAUUCAGUCUUUAAGCUGGAUAUUGAGGGGGUGAAUGGUGGCAGGGAUGUCAAAUGCAAAUCCUCUCUGUGCUUGGUGGACCUGGCCGGCAGCGAGCGCAUGUUGAAGAGUCAGUCUCAGGGGGAGCGCUUCAAAGAAAUGACCGCCAUUAACGGCUCCCUGUCCAAUCUGGGCAUCGUCAUUACCGCACUGGCAAACAAGGAAAGCUACGUGCCAUACAGGAACUCCAAGCUUACCUACCUUUUACAGGGUUGCUUGGGAGGAAACAGCAAAACCCUCAUGUUUGUGAACAUCGCUCCAGAGCCAGACAGCUUUGGAGAAACCCUCAAUUCUCUGAGGUUUGCCAGCAAGGUUAACGACUGUGUGAUUGGGACGGCGAGUGUAAACAGAAAGUAGAUGGAAAUUCUUCACUAAACUUAUCACUAUUCACAUUUUUUAACGAAAUGACUGUUGAGUGUACCUGUCAUGUACCUUUUUAACUUAGAUGUAUUUUGUCCUUUUUGGCCCACACUGUGGUGCCAAUAAAUAAAAACCAAAAAGUCUAAAUUUUCCACAUUUAUUCUCAGGGCCACAAUUAGAAAUCACUAACUGGCUCAUUUUUCUUCUGUGUAUAUGAAGUCGACGUGUACAUUAUACAUACUUCACGUCUGCAGGUUUUUGUACAAUAUAUCUGCGGUUUCUUAAGGGUUUUUCAUUUAGGUUUUUGGUGAAUUAAGUCUUGAUGGAACAUUUCAUGUCCAUAGGUCACUCUAUUUCUUAUCCAUAUUCAUUCAUUAAAAUUCUAUUUGUGGUUUUACAUUAUUACUUGUAAAUUGCAAUAAAUGUAGUUUAGUUAAAGGUAUACGUGUCAACAUUGUCAUAUUUUAACCUAAUUAUCUUUUUCCUUUUUUUUAAUGAUAAUUGGAUGGAAUUUCUUUCAUGUUUUUCUGUAUUCUUUGACCCAACAUGAGGUAUUUCUCUAGCCCACUCAAGUAGCUGGACUAUGUAAAUAAACUGAUGCUUCUUUCUGA